AUGACCAAGGAGCAUGCUAACUGGUCCCCCUACGACAACAAUGGCGGAUCCUGUGUCGCUAUUGCGGGAGCCAAUUACUGUGUGAUUGCGGCCGAUACUCGGAUGUCGACUGGUUACAGUAUUCUCACCCGCGACUAUUCUAAGAUCUGCAAAUUAGCAGACAAAGCUGUAUUAGCCUCGUCUGGUUUUCAAGCUGAUGUGAAAGCGUUGCAAAAGCAUUUGGCUGCUAAGCACUUGAUCUAUCAGCAUCAACAUAACAAACAAAUGAGCUGCCCUGCAAUGGCUCAACUACUUUCCAACACCCUUUACUACAAACGCUUCUUUCCCUACUAUGCUUUCAAUGUUUUGGGUAAGGGCUGUGUCUUCACAUAUGAUGCUGUUGGUUCCUAUGAGAGGGUUGGAUAUAGCUCCCAAGGUUCCGGGUCUACACUCAUCAUACCCUUUUUAGAUAAUCAGUUGAAGUCGCCUAGCCCUCUCUUAUUGCCUGCCGUGGAUGCCGUUACACCACUUUCUGAAGCAGAGGCAAUAGAUUUGGUUAAAACUGUUUUUGCUUCAGCAACAGAGAGAGAUAUAUACACUGGUGACAGGCUUGAAAUUGUUGUUCUAAAUGCUGAUGGCACUCGGUAUGAGUACAUGGAACUGAGGAAAGAUUGA